AUGAACACAUUUUCUACUAUCUCCAAGGAAGCAAAUGAAUCCAAGGAUUAUGAUCUCGAAUCCCUCCCACUGGAAAAUGUUGGUGGUAUAAUACAAGUUGAUCAAAAUAAAAAAGAAAUCGGUUUUGUUUCAGCUACUUUCCUUUGUCUUAAUAGAAUGAUUGGAUCCGGUGUCUUUUCAUUAGGAUCUACUAUCUUCCUUCUCAGUGGAUCUGUUGGUGGUGCUUUGAUGAUGUGGGUUGCUGGUUCAGUAAUUGCCUUCUCUGGAUUAUUGGUCUAUAUGGAAUUCGGAAGUAACUUACCAAGAAAUGGUGGUGAAAAGAAUUAUAUUGAAUUCAUUUAUACCAAACCUAGAUUCUUAGCCACUGCCAUGUAUGGAGCUUACGUUUUCUUCCUUGGUUGGGCUGCAGGUAAUAGUGUUGUUGUAGGGGAAUAUCUUUUAAAUGCUGCAGGAAAGGAAGUCACUCAAUGGAAUUCAAGAGGUAUUGGUUUGGGUGUUAUUACUUUCGCUUUCCUUAUCAAUGCUGUUUCAGUUAAAACUGGUUUAUAUCUUGGUAAUGUCUUAGGUGUUUUCAAGGUUGUUAUUAUUUUAUUUAUCGUUGUAACUGGAUGGGUUGCAUUAGGUGGUGGUAUCAAAACAAAUAAUUUCCAACCAACAGGUAACUUCAACAAUGCCUUCUCUGGAUCUAGUGUCACUGGUUUUGGUGUUGUGAAUGCUUUAUACAAUGUUAUUUGGUCUUAUGUUGGGUACUCUAAUGCUAAUUACGCUUUAGGUGAAGCUAAAAAUCCAACUAAAAUCUUGAAAUUUGCUGCUCCUACUGCUUUCUUAUCAUUAAUGGUUCUUUACAUGUUAACCAAUAUUGCUUACUUUGCCGUUGUUCCAAAAGAAGAAUUGGGUGCUUCUGGUCGUAUUCUUGCUGCUACCUUUUUCCGUUAUGCUUUUGGUGAAACUGCUGAAAAAGCUUCAAGUGUAUUCGUUGCUUUAAGUGCUUUAGGUAAUGUUAUGUCAGUUAUCUUCUCUCAAGGAAGAAUUGUCCAACAAUUAGGUCGUGAAGGAUCUUUACCAUUUUCAAGAUUCUGGGCAUCUUCAAAACCUUUUGGUUCACCAUUCACUGGUCUCAUGCAACAUUGGAUCGUUUGUAUUGUUACUAUGUUAGCUCCACCACCCGGUGAUGCUUAUAAUUUUAUUCUUAACUUAAUUUCUUAUCCUUUGAAUGUUGUUAAUACCUUCGUUGGAUUCGGUUUAUUGUAUUUAAGAUACCAAAAUUAUAAAGGAAGAGCUGUAUGGAAUGCUCCAAUCAAAUCUCCUAUCCCAGUCACUAUUUUCUUUGCUUUCAGUUCAUUAUAUUUAAUCGUUGCUCCUUAUAUUCCACCUUCAGCUGGUCAAAGUGUUUAUAAUGAUUUACCUUACUGGAUUCAUGCUGUUGUUACUUGGGGUGUAUUUGGAAUCGGUUUUGUUUAUUGGGUUGUUUGGUCAAUUGUUUUACCAAGAAUUGGUAAAUACGAUAUCGAAGUCAAAGAAGUUUUAGGUGAAGAUGGUUUCUGGAGAAAUAAAUUUGAAAAAGUUCCAAAAAACCUUUAA